CCACGACCACCAUGAUCACCACUAGUCAUCCCGGACGGAGUUUUGUUUUGAGAUGGAUGGAUGGCUGGCGAGAGAGAGAGAGAGAGCGGGGCUGUGAGUGUGUUUCCACCGUCCAGGGCUGAUACAAGCAGCAGCAGCAGGAUCAAUGGACUGUCCUUUCCGAUUCGCCCGUCUGAUCCCGAUGAGUAUCGCCGAACGCUUUCCAUUUCGAGUCAAGUCCACCUGCAGCUGGGCGAGUCCUCGACCUCACGCAUGCGCUAAUGGAACACUAUCGAGGGACGGCGUGUCGUACACGCGAAGGAGGGAACGAAGCUAUCGUGACCUAUUUAUUAUCAUGAUCAUUAUCAUUAUUAUUAUCACUGUCCGGGCGCUGUGCAUUAUUAUUCCACACUCAUGCGGUGCACGCUUCUCUGGUGACCGACCACAGCCACCCCGUCCGGCCAACAGACCUCUCCGCCCUAGUCCAGGGCUUGGAGGCGUGAGGGAAUCAUUGCCGCAAGGAGAUGUCGAUCCACGCCAGUCGCCGAAAGAGGAAUCGCCGGACGAUGAUCUCUUGACUCUUCAUGCAUUGAUUGCAUGAGGGAACGCACAGUAUACAGUGAUACACAGUCAGGACGUAUAUGGUACACUUUGUGGG